AUACACACAUACUACACACACACACACACACACACACAUAUGUAUAUAUAUAUACAUAGAUACCCACAUACAUACACUUACACACAUAUAUGUACUCACAUACACACACACAUAUGUAUAUAUACAUACAUAGAUACCCACACACACAUAUGUAUAUAUAUAUAUACACCACAUACAUACAUCUACAUACAUAUAUGCACCACAUACACACACACAUGUAUAUAUAUAUAUAUAGAUACCCACAUACAUAUACCUACAACAUAUAUGCACCCACCGCAUAUAUACUUAUUAUACACAUAUAUACAUGUCUACAUACAUCCAAAUAUACACCACACAUAUAUAUAUAUAUACCAACAUAUCAUGCGCAGCUAUACACCCAUACAU